UUGGCCCAAAGUAAACUAAAAAACACUAAAACCAAAAAUUUACUGUUUGUGAAUGUUUUUUUCUUCUGAUUAUUAAUUAGAUGAAUAAAAUAUGUGUAUUUCUGUGUUUAGAUACUAAAUUGUUUCAUAAUUAUUGAAAGUUUAUUGCUUUUAAUAAUAAAAAAAAAAAAUAUGAGCAACAUGGAUUUUAAUAUAACCUCUUUUGAGGGAUUAAUGCCUCAUAUUCAAGCUCUUAUUGCACCACCUACAUCAGAGGAUGCUAAAUCAGUGAAAUUAAAAAAAGAUAAAUUAGAAAAAAAACAUGCGUACUUUAAACGACCUGGUCGUGGUCACAAUCGUGAUUCAUGUGAUGCAUGUGAGGAUGGUGGAGAAUUAAUAUGUUGUGACAAAUGUCCAGCAUCUUUUCAUCUUCAGUGUCAUGAUCCACCGUUAGAGCCAUCUGAUAUUCCACAAGGAGAAUGGAUAUGUCAUGCAUGUAAAAGUAAUUCAAAAAAGGAUAUUAUUGGAAAAAAUAAAAAAAGAAAAUCUGCAUUAGAAAUAUUAGCAUUUGCUGCAUCAUUAGUAAAUCCAAGGGAAUUUGAUUUACCUCGUGAAUUACAACUUCCAAUUACAUUUCCCGGUACUGAUAAGACUGAUUUAAUUCAUAAUAAAAGAAGAAAACAACAAGGUUGUAAUAUUGUUGGAAAGAAUCAUUGUAUGGAAAAUGGAUCAAUUGUACCAUUACCUGCUCGUUUAUGUUUUGAAUGUGGACGAAGUUGUAGAAAAGCGCCAUUACUUGCAUGUGAUUAUUGUCCUUUAUAUUUUCAUCAAGAUUGUUUAGAUCCACCAUUAACAGCAUUUCCAAGUGGUCGUUGGAUGUGUCCAAAUCAUGUUAAUCAUUUUUUGGAUCAACGAUUAUUAAAUUCAAGUAGCGCAACAGAACGUGUAAAAUUAUGGGAUCGUUUUGCAAAUCGUCAAAUAGAUCAACAUGCUGUUAAAUUACAAUUUCUUCGUAAAGCCCAUACAAAUAAUCCAAUGUUUAGAAAAAAAAUUCAUUGUGGAGAACGUUUAAAAAUCAAAGUUCCAUGUUCAAUAAAACUUUAUUAUGCUCAUCCACCGGAAUUAGAUUUUAUUCAUUCAUAUAGAAAUGAUGAUUUUUUAACGCCAAUUAUAAAACGAAAUAAUGAUGAAAAAUUGAAUAAUGAUAGUGAAAUAUUAACAUCAAAUUCAAAUGAAAAGGAAAUAAUACCGGAUAUUGAAAUGCAAAUAUGUGAACAAAAAAAGGAAAAUACAAAUUAUGAGAAUAUUUUUAGAACAAAUCCAGCGAAAGAAGGUAUCAAAUUAUUAGAAUGGCCAGUAGUUGAGGCAUUGGCUUUACAAAGAUUGGAACAAAUAUUAAAUCCCGAAAAUGAAGGAUAUAAUUCUAUAAAUUGUCAUUUAAGAGUUAGAGCAGUUUUAUUUCCAUUAACUCAUGUUUCGGGUCCUCCAGUAUUUAUGUCCUAUAAAACAUUUACAGUUGGAACUGGUCCUAAUUGUGAUUUAUCAUUAACAAGAUAUGGAAAUUGUAGUUUCAUUUCAUCGAAACAUGCUAUUAUUUUUUUUGAUGAGUACACCAAAAGAUACGAAUUGCUCAACUACAGUGAUCAUGGAACUGUCGUCGACAAUAUAUUAUAUUCAUGUGAUUAUGUUAAACGUUCAUUUUCAAAUAAUAAUCUAAAUAAUAAUAAUAAAAAAACUGAUUACCAUUUGAGGGGUAAAAAUACUGUUGAAGAAAUUAAAAAAAUUGCAAAUAGAAAUAAUAUUUCUAAUAAUAAUCAAUCAUCGACAACUGAACAUACAAAACGAUUUAAUUGUAAAUGUAUUUUAAACAAAAAAUCAAAUUUAAUUCAUAAUGAAGAAGGUUGGGAGGGUAGCGCAAUUAUUGAUCAUGGUUCUACUGUAACAUUUGGAUGUUUAGCAUUUUUAUUCAGUACAGUAGAAUAAACAUUUUUUUUUUUUUUUUUUUUUUUGCAUAACUGUUAUUGUAAUUAUAAUAAAGAUUUCUUAUUCUACGCCUA